AUGGUUAUGGUAUGUUUAUGUGCAGUCGGCUGCAUUGACGUAGCAGAACGGAUAGGGGGCGCGCUACCGCAGAGAGAGGCUGGAGAUGGCAGCUUCACACCGGGAGGUGCUUAUCACGCAGCCGCUCUCUUCCACUCGCUCCUCCGACACUCAUUCACUGACACACACCACUCCAGUCCGCCGCUGCCUGGCUUUCUGUCCCCGGCAUCCCUUCACCGUGCCCUUCGCGCCAUGGCCCGGGAGAACGGAGAUAUCGGCAGAGGGGAGGCGUGGAAGAAGCAAGUCAACGACAUAAAGAAGAUAUUUGAUUUGAAAGAAGUCCUGGGCACGUGA